CCCGGCCGGAGGUAGGUUGGGGUCUGGGGUCGGGGGUCCUCACGGGCUCGCCUGAUUUCUCCUCCGGUCCAGACGGUGUUCGAUUUUUCUCGAGUUUACAGCAGUUUUGUGAGAUGAACCGGUGCUCGCAGGUGUAUCUCCAUGAAUAACUUAAAUGACCCCCCAAAUUGGAAUAUCCGGCCCAGUUCCAGGGCUGAUGGGGGUGAUGGAAGCAGAUGGAAUUAUGCCCUGUUGGUUCCAAUGCUGGGAUUGGCUGCUUUUCGUUGGAUUUGGUCUAGGGAGUCCCGAAAAGAAAUAGAAAAAGAGCGGGAAGCAUACCGUCAGAGAACAGCUGCCUUCCAGCGGGGCCUGGAAGCCAAGUACCAUGCCACGAUCUCAGAAGGCCGGCGGGCCGUGGCACAGCUGUCCCUGGAACUUGAAAAGGAACAAAACAGAACGACUAGCUACCGAGAGGCCCUCAUCUCUCAGGGGCGCAAGAUGGUAGAAGAGAAGAAGCUUCUGGAACAGGAGCGGGCUCGGGUCCUGCAGGAGAAGAGGCAGCCCUUGCGGAGUGCGUACCUGAGCUGCCUGGGCAAGGAGGAGGACUGGCAACGGAGAGCCAGGCUUCUGCUGAGGGAGUUCGAGGACGCUCUCACAGAAAGACAGAGCAUCUACUGCAGUCUGGUUCUCCCUCGCCACAAGCGGCUGGAGAUCGAGAAGAGCUUGCUGGUCCGAGCGUCCACUGACCCAGUUGCUGCUGACCUAGAGAUGGCAGCUGGCCUGACUGACAUAUUCAAGCACGACACGUACUGUGGUGACGUCUGGAACACCAACAAGCGCCACAAUGGGAGGCUUAUGUGGCUGUAUCUCAGAUAUUGGGAACUAAUGGUCGAACUGAAGAAGUUUAAGAGCGUAGAGAGAGCCAUACUGGAAAAGUAAGACAGCUCAGCGUCAGAGCGGUGUGUGUUCUGGGUUACGCGAUGUUUUCCUUCUGCCAGCGCUCCCUGUGUUGUGGCCACGCAUGCACACAGCUGCCUCUCAGCAGUGGCCUUCCACGGCUUCCACCGCCACCCUCCGAGCUCUCCGUCCCCCUCAGCGGCUAAGGACGUAGUUUCUCAGGAGCGUUUUUUAAGCUGUCGAUAUUUUAUUAAGCGGAACAGUAUAACCUCAUAGCUUUAGGGAAAAACUGUUUCUAAGAAUGUGAGAUAUAAUAUUCAUCCUUACUAUAAGUCAUUUUUUUGUCUGUUUUUAUCACUCCCUAAAUUCUUUGUUCUCCUCAAAUUAUUUUUCUCUCUCCUAAAAUUACAGUUAGAAGUUGUCAGGUAGUGGAUAGGACUGCCUAAUAGAUGAGAAAGGAAGGUAGUGAUACCGUCAAGGUUUUGUGGUGUUUUGAAGCUCUUUCCCACCAAAGGGGAAAAAGUGUUUAUUUCCAGUUGAUACCCUUGUGUGUGUUUAUAAGCAAUGACAUGUAAUUAAAACACCUCAAUUUAAAAGCAA